AUGCAGAGUACCACUACAUCUGCAACCUUUGCCUUCAACGGUAUGCUCUGCAAAGCAAUGGCGCGGAGGAGGAAGGAGACCAAGCCUUCGACGUUAUAUGAUCCUCUGCUGAGCAGCAGAAAGAGGUGGUUCGGGAAGCAGACUCCGAGAGGCUACGUGCCGGUGCUCGUCGGAGACGGGGAGGAGGAAGAAGCGGCAGAGAGAUUCCUUGUGCAUGUGGAUCUCUUCAACGACGCCCGCUUCACGGCGUUGCUGGAGAUGGCCGCCGAGGAGUUCGGGUACACGCAGCGAGGGGUCAUCAGGAUCCCAUUCAACGCCAGACACUUCGAGAAGAUGGUCGAUGUGGUCUCCAAGGCCAGAUGA